AUGCAAGGCGUGGUCAUCGAGGAGCUGGCCCAAGUCAUUCACAGCUCGACGAUCAACGCGUUCUGCUACAACGACCGCUUUGACCGCUUUGCGAACUCUGACGAACGCAGUCUCAAGCUAUGGCACCGCGACGGCGAAAUACGUAGUGUGGCCUUGCCGGCGCGUACAACUAACUUGGUGCAAACGAUCGAGUACAUUCCGUCGCGCAACUUGUACGUGGCGAGCUGCCUCGACGGCGCGCUGCGCUUCUACGACGAGCACAUGGACGAACUCGCGGUCGUCUUUACGCACCGCGCAAGUAUUCUCUGUCUCGCAUUCGAUGAGCCUCGCCAGCGCAUUCUAACGGGCGGCGUCGACGGCUGCGGCGCGUGGGUCCUCCGCGGCAAGGACUGGGACGGGUACGAGCACGAGGGCCAGACGCUGCGCAACCCAACAUACCAAGUCGCCGCGAGCGAUGCGUUUACGAAGACGGGCACGACGUGGGUUCAGCGCAUGAAGCUUGAUCUCGACCGCGUCUACUUCUUGUCCAACAACGCCGUUCAUGUCUACAGCCUCGUCGACAACACGCACCUGGAGACGAUCAAGAAAUUAGUGAAGAAUGUCAACGGCGCCAUCACCGACUUUGUUGUCUACAAGCAAAAGGCGAUCGUAGUCGGCUGCAUGGACGGUUCGAUUUACGUCGCGACCUUGUACCCGCGCUCGACCCUCGCAGUCUUCAAGGACCACACCAAGCCCAUCACGGGCCUCGCGUUCGACGACGUCUCGCAGAGUGUUUUCUCCUCGUCCCUCGAUGGCACCAUUCGUAUGUGGGACCUCGACCUCCUUCGCAACAUUCACCAAAUUCGCAUGGACGCCCCCGUCGCGGGUCUCUUUCUCGUGCCCAAGACCAACCCGAUCGUCUUUGCGGUCCAGUCGCGCCAAGCGAUGCGCCUGCUAUUACUCAAGUACACGCUCAAAGAGCACAGUGCGACGGCGUCGCCACUCGCGAUUCUCUUUCGGGCGCUCGCACCGGGCAAAAAACAGCGGCACAAGCCGUCCUCGAACCCGCGGCCGCCCGCCAUGCGGCGCAAGGUGUCUCAGAUCCCAAUCCACCUCAUGGCCGCGGGCGUAUCUCGACCGUUAACGACACCAGGCCCGCCGACGACGCCGGGCGACGACCACUCGGUGUGGAGCGAGAACCACGUGGUGAGCAUGUGCCAGGACCGGUCGGUGCGCAUUUAUGCGACGCGGCGCAUGACCACACCGUCGGCAACGUGGACGCCGGACGAAGCGGUUCUCCAAGACGUCAUUGGUAUCGCGUACAACCCGUAUGUGGACAUUUUGUACAUUUUACUCAAAAAUCGCGUUGCGGUCUACGACGUGGCGCUCGACGUGACGACGCCGGUCCGAUGCAUUGAGAUUGAGAACCGCAUCGUGAAGGCGAUUUGCUGCGUCUUGGCGCCGCCGAUCUUCCACUUGCCCACGCAGCGCACGGACGCCGGUCGGCGCAACGCGCUGGUGCAGAAAUCCCGUACCGACUACCUUGCCCAAGCCGUGCUCGAAGUCGAAAUGGGUGUCCACUGGCUCGCGUGCGGCUCGGACAAAGGCGAGCUCCUCUUUAGCUCGUCCAUACACGCGUCACUGGACGAAGCGCUGCUGCAACCCGGCCACACGGCACCGAUCACGCACCUUGCGUUUACGAGUACAUCGACAGCGACGCUCGUGAGCUUUGCGCUCGACAAGACGCUCGGGCUCUGGCGCACGGCACCGCGCAUGACGCGCCUCGCGAUGAUCACGCUCGGCGAAGUGCCGUCGUGUAUGAGCGUCUCGCCCACAGCGCAGUAUAUUGUCUGUGGCUUUGAAGACGGCCGCGUCGACUUUGUCGAUUUCGCUUAUGCCGAGCCCAAACUGAUCUCGUCCGAAGUCAACCACUCGUCCAUGGUGAUUGCCGCCGACUGCUCGGACGAGCUGCACCUUUGCGCCACGACCAGCUUUGACAUGAGCAUCAAGGUCUGGGAUCAGAGCAAGAACUUGCUGCGGGAAGUGCAGAUGUCGACGCCGCUCUCGUGCAUGUGCUUUGCCAACGCCCAGGGCGAUCUCUUUGUCGGCAUUUUAGAGAAGCUCUUUACGCUCGUGGCGGUCGACGUGCUUCCGACAAAGCUGCCGCUGCCGCGCGUGCUCGAGCCGCCGUCCACCGCCGCCCUCCUCGAGUCCCUCGACACUGAAUACGACGACGAGCUCGCUACGGACGAAGCCGCUUCCAACCAAGAACCCGUCGAUGCCGGUGGCGACCAAGACGCGGAGGACGACCCGAUUUACAUCCGUAAUCCAUUCGAGAAAUGCGCGCUGGUGAACGAGCGCCCGCCAACGCCGCCCGUCUCCGAGGCUCCAUCGGUGACGCGCCACGCGCCGCGGCACAGACGUCCAGUGCCCAUACCGCUGCCACCGACGGCAGAUGUUCUUGUCUACAGCCCACCCGUGCUUCGCCCGGUAAAACCGCCGACCCCGUCGACCACAUUGAGAGCGGACGCCAUGGCAUUCGAGCCGCCACCGGACGACCCGCUGCUGCCGGCGCUGGGGCACUAUGACGUUCGCACCCAGCAGUUUAAGACCUUGAAGCUCGCCAAAGGGUUGUCGCACAAGCGAGAUCACUUGCGUCCGAGCGUGCCCGUCCAAGCCAAGCCAGCGCACAAGACCACAUCAAAAGCCGUCGAGCGUUUGGUGGCGGAGGACACACCGACGCCAUUGGCGCCGAUUUUCCAUGACGCGCACGCGUCGAUGCCGCCCGUGAUGCGCACGCCCCGCAAGCUAUGGAAUGCGAUUGGUGCCGAGGACCGCCGACUCAUUGUCCUCCAGCGCCGGCCAGGAGCCUAGUUAUCUCGGGACGUUGAAGAAGAAGGAGAAGUAUGCAAGACGAUUUACAUGCUGGCCAAGGCUACGUGCCGCGUCACAAAAAGCCGCGUGUGCGGUGGUGACCUUGACCUUGCAGCUUGCAACGCCAGCUUCCAAGUACCUUGGCAGGCGGUACAACGUGCGGGCAGCCCAUUCUCGCCUUUGCCUAAUUUCCCUGCAAGAAGGGCGCAAUAAGUUUUGUCGACGCUGGCGGCUUAUUCGUCUUUGCCAGAAUACGAAGGCAAUGGUGAG